UGAGCUCAGCGCUAUUCUCGGGCUCCGGGGCACUGCGCCCGAGGGUGUGUCUCCAAGCCGGGCUCGCAGCUAUAAGGGGCCGCGGGCGGCCGCGGCCAUGCAGCUCUACAGCAGCGUGUGCACCCAUUACCCUGCGGGCACGCCGGGCCCCACGGCCGCCGCCCCGCCUGCCACCGCCGCCGCCGCCUUCAAGGUCUCCUUGCAGUCCGCCAGCCCCGCCGCCGCCGCCGCCGCCCCGGAGCCGGAUACCGGAGAGCGCCCACCCGCCGCGGCCACCGAACCACGCGAAGCCGCUGCAGCCGCUGCCAUGCCCGCCUUCUCUGCCUGCUUCGAGCGGUCCGGGUCCGCCGCCGCCGCCCCGCCCGGCGCGUGCAGCAAGCCGCCGCUGCCGCCGCACUUCACGUCCACGGCGCACAUCGCCGUGCGGGCCCUGGGCGCCGAGCGCCUCCUGCUGCCGCCACCCUCAGCCCCCUCGCCGCCGCGUCGCGGUUCUUCCGCCUGGCUGCUGGAAGAGCUGCUCCGGCCCGACGAGCCCGCGGCCCCGAACGCCGUCCGCGACGCUCCCGACAGGAACUUCCGACUGAGCGAGCACCGCCAGGCCCUGGCAGCCUCCCAGCACCGGGCCCCUGCACCGGCCCCCGUCGGCCCGGAGCCCGGCGCCGGCCCCGGCCCGUGGGGUGAAGAGCGCCGGGCGGAGCGCAGUUCCCGAGGUUGGGACCGGGCGAGCGGUCGCAGCGACGCCUCCGGGGCUGACGCGCUCCGACGGCAAGAUCCCGAAGCCGAGGCUCACCCGGUUCCGGCACCCGCUCGGAGCAGCGGCGAGCCGGCCCAGAACGGCGAAGGCGAAGCCGUCGGCACGCCCCGGGCGGAUGCCAGGGACGAGAAGCUAGCCCUGUACCUGGCCGAGGUGGAGAGGCAGGACAAGUACCUGAGGCAGAGAAACAAGUACCGAUUCCACAUCAUCCCCGACGGCAACUGCCUCUACCGAGCUGUCAGCAAGACUGUGUACGGGGACCAGAGCCUGCACCGGGAGCUGAGGGAGCAGACGGUGCACUACAUCGCGGACCACCUGGACCACUUCAGCCCACUCAUUGAGGGCGACGUGGGGGAGUUUAUUAUCGCUGCUGCCCAAGAUGGGGCGUGGGCCGGAUAUCCCGAAUUGCUGGCCAUGGGGCAGAUGCUGAAUGUGAAUAUACACUUAACUACUGGAGGGAGGCUGGAGAGCCCCACCGUGUCUACUAUGAUCCACUAUCUGGGCCCAGAGGAUUCUCUAAGGCCCAGUAUUUGGCUCAGUUGGCUCAGCAAUGGACACUAUGAUGCUGUUUUUGACCACUCCUAUCCUAACCCAGAGUAUGACAAUUGGUGCAAGCAAACCCAAAUACAGAAAAAACGCGAUGAAGAACUUGCCAAGUCCAUGGCCAUAUCCCUGUCCAAAAUGUAUAUUGAACAAAAUGCAUGCUCUUGAAAAGUCUGAGGACCUGACAAGUUGGGGGAAAUGGCGCGUGUCAGUUGUGUUGGGAGAACCACACGAACUCUAAUUAGGGUAAUGGCACUUUUCAAUUUCCUAGUAGACUGACUUUAGGUGUAAUGCCUUAAUCAGUUUUUGAAUGUCCUCUCAGAGCCGCAGGUUGCUGGGCACCUGAAUGAUGUUUCCUGAUAGCUUUGGGUGAGCCUACUGCUAUUUAUAAUUUGCUGUAUAAAGUGAGCGCUACUUAAUUUGCAAGCUGAUGUCUCACGGUAUGAAUUUGUUCAUUCCUGGUAGUCUAUUUUCUAUAAAAAUGUAUUUUUGCACAUUUUUAAAAAUGGGUGUACUUUCAUCUAUUGCCUUGUUCCAAUUUCGAGAAAUGGCUUUUAAGCAGAAUCCAGAGAAGUGCUUUCUAUGAAGUUUAUUUGUUUGUGAUUUAGUAAUUAGUUUAUUGUUGAAAUAUUUCACAAUUCGUAAUUAUUUCAAAUGGAUAUUGACACAUUAUGUUACCAGAUGAUUAGCCCAUUCCAUUUUGAUGAAACAAACCAAUUUUUUGGGGGGAGAGAAGAUGUUAUUUUUUUAAGAAAUGGUCCACUUUGAAGAAGUUAAGGAAGGGAUAGCUAUGGGACGAUUUUUUUUUUUUUUCUAAAU